AUGGAGGCUGCUGGAGUUGACGGCGGCGCAGCAAUGGUGAGCAAGAAGCGCCCGAAGGUGGCGCCGUGGUGUUUCUCUGAAAUGAAAUACAUAAAACCUUUUAUUUCAGAACGAGAGAGAUAUCUGCAAGCCAACAACAGAGAAUUCAAUACUAGGUUUGGAUAUCCUAACAAUACCAUCAAGACCUCAAGAUAUAAUGUCUUUAACUUCUUGCCCCUAAACCUAUUUGAACAAUUCCAGAGACUUGCAAAUGCAUAUUUCCUCGUUUUGCUGUUCCUCCAGUUGAUUCCCCAGAUCUCCUCCUUGGCAUGGUACACAACUGUGAUCCCCCUGAUGGUGGUGUUGUCCAUAACAGCAGUGAAGGAUGCCAUCGAUGACAUGAAAAGGCACCAAAAUGACAAUGAUGUCAACAACCGUUCUGUAAUGGUGGUGAUGAAUGGCAGGAUAAAGGAGGACAAAUGGAUGAAUAUUCAAGUGGGAGAUAUAAUAAAACUAAGAAAUAAUCAGCCUGUCACGGCUGAUAUACUAUUACUCUCUAGCAGUGAGCCUUACAGUCUGACGUAUAUAGAAACAGCAGAACUUGAUGGUGAAACCAACCUGAAAGUGAAGCAGGCCAUCCCAGUCACCAGUGAUUUGGAAGAUAACCUGGAGCUGCUUUCUGCCUUUGAUGGAAAAGUGACGUGUGAGUCUCCCAAUAACAAGUUGGACAAAUUCACAGGAAUACUGACUUAUAAAGGAAAAGACUUCACCCUGGACCAUGACAAGCUGCUACUCCGAGGCUGCAUCAUCAGGAAUACAGAUUGGUGCUAUGGCUUGGUGAUUUAUACUGGACCAGACACCAAAUUAAUGCAGAACUGUGGAAAGUCUACCUUUAAACGGACGCACAUGGACCAUCUCUUGAAUGUCCUUGUGGUCUGGAUUUUCCUGUUUUUAGGCAGCAUGUGCUUUAUCCUAGCAAUUGGGCAUGGCAUUUGGGAAAACAAAAAAGGCUACUACUUCCAGAAUUAUCUGCCAUGGGAAGAAUAUGUCCCUUCAUCAGCUGUCUCUGCCAUCCUCGUAUUCUGGUCCUACUUCAUUAUUCUUAACACUAUGGUGCCCAUUUCCCUUUAUGUCAGUGUUGAGAUAAUAAGAUUGGGCAACAGUUGCUAUAUCAACUGGGAUCGGAAGAUGUUUUAUGCACCAAAGAACUCACCAGCACAGGCUCGCACCACCACCCUUAAUGAGGAGCUUGGCCAGGUCAAAUACGUGUUCUCUGACAAAACAGGAACCCUGACUCAGAACAUCAUGGUUUUCAAUAAGUGUUCUAUUAAUGGGAUGUUCUAUGGUAUGCAUGUCUUCCUGCUUUCCCUGAGUCCUGGGGAAAUUCUACUUUGCAGAUUGUUUUCAAGAAUAAUCUGUCAUGUCUAUGACAAAAAGGGAAUGAAAGUAGAAGUCUCUGAGGAAACAGAAAAGGUCGACUUCUCCUACAACAAACUGGCUGAUCCUAAGUUUUCAUUUUAUGACAAGACUUUGGUAGAAGCAGUGAAAAAGGGAGAUCGCUGGGUACACUUGUUUUUUCUCUCACUCUCAUUGUGUCAUACCGUGAUGUCAGAAGAGAAAGUGGAAGGUAAGCUGGUAUACCAGGCUCAGUCCCCAGAUGAAAGUGCCCUUGUCACUGCUGCCAGGAACUUUGGUUUUGUGUUCCGUUACCGCACCUCUGAGACAAUUGCAGUAGUUGAAAUGGGUGAGACCAAAGUCUACCAACUGCUGGCUAUUUUGGACUUCAGCAAUGUGCGCAAGAGGAUGUCUAUUGUUGUGAGGACACCUGAAGAUCGAGUAAUGUUGUUUUGCAAGGGUGCAGACACCAUCCUCUGUCAGCUGCUCCAUCCAUCCUGUAGGUUCCUCAGAGAUGUGACCAUGGAACAUUUAGAUGAUUUUGCCAUUGAAGGCCUCCGCACCCUGAUGGUGGCCUACCGAGAACUGGAUAACUCAUUCUUCCAGGCCUGGAGCAAGAAGCACAGUGAAGUCUGCCUGUCUUUGGAGAAUCGGGAACAUAAAAUGUCAAAUGUCUAUGAAGAGAUUGAAAAAGAUUUGAUGCUGUUAGGGGCCACAGCCAUUGAAGACAAGCUGCAGGAUGGAGUACCUGAGACAGUCGCCACCCUGAACAAAGCCCAAAUUAAAAUGUGGGUCUUAACUGGAGAUAAGCAAGAGACUGCUGUGAACAUUGCCUAUGCCUGUAACAUAUUUGAGGAAGAAAUGGAUGGGAUGUUUAUCGUGGAAGGCAAGAAUAAUGAGACUGUUCUGCAAGAACUCAGGUCAGCCAGGGACAAGAUGAAACCUGAGUCUCUACUGGAAUCAGACCCAGUAAACAUUUACCUCACCUCGAAGCCCCAAAUUCUCAGAAUACCUGAGGAGGUGCCCAAUGGCAACUAUGGCUUGAUCAUCAAUGGCUGCAGUCUGGCCUAUGCUCUGGAAGGGAACCUGGAGUUGGAGCUGGUGCGAACAGCGUGCAUGUGCAAGGGAGUUAUCUGCUGCCGGAUGACACCCCUUCAGAAGGCCCAGGUGGUAGAGAUGGUGAAGAGGUACAAGAAGGUGGUGACACUGGCCAUCGGGGAUGGGGCCAAUGAUGUCAGCAUGAUCAAAGCUGCCCACAUUGGGGUUGGCAUCAGCGGCCAGGAGGGAAUGCAGGCCAUGCUCAACAGCGACUAUGCCUUCUCCCAGUUCCACUAUCUUCAGCGUCUACUCUUGGUCCAUGGCCGCUGGUCCUAUAAUCGCAUGUGCAAGUUUCUCAGCUACUUCUUUUACAAAAAUUUUGCUUUCACCCUGGUGCAUUUCUGGUAUGCCUUCUUCAGCGGGUUCUCUGCACAGACUGUUUAUGAUACCUGGUUUAUCACUUUCUACAACCUUGUCUACACCUCCCUCCCUGUCCUGGGCUUGAGUCUGUUUGACCAGGACGUGAAUGAAACAUGGAGUCUACGCUUCCCAGAGCUGUAUGAGCCAGGACAGCACAACCUCUAUUUCAACAAGAAGGAAUUUGUGAAGUGUUUAGUGCAUGGGAUCUACAGUUCCUUCGUCCUGUUCUUUAUCCCUAUGGGGACCAUUUACAACUCAGUGCGCAGUGAUGGGAAAGAAAUCUCCGACUACCAGUCCUUCUCCCUGAUAGUGCAGACCUCCUUGCUCUGGGUGGUCACAAUGCAGAUUGCCUUGGAGACAACCUACUGGACAACGAUAAGCCACAUCUUCACCUGGGGUAGCCUGGGUUUCUACUUUUGCAUCUUAUUCUUCCUGUACAGUGAUGGCUUGUGCUUAAUGUUCCCCAACCUCUUCCAAUUCCUAGGUGUGGCCAGGAACACUCUGAACCUGCCACAAAUGUGGCUGAGUAUUGUCCUCAGCGUGGUCCUCUGUAUUUUGCCUGUGAUUGGGUACCAAUUUCUCAAACCACUAUUCUGGCCUGUCAACGUGGACAAGAUUAUGGACAGAAUUCAUCUUUGCACGAAACUUCCACUGCCACCCCCAACCCGGACCAAACUGAAAUAUGCAAGCUGUCGACGUUCUGCCUAUGCAUUCUCGCACAAGCAAGGCUUUGGGGCCCUCAUCACUUCUGGCAAGAUAUUGAGGUCUAGGGCCCACGCCCAGGGUCACCUGGGUUCCCGAAGACUCAAGGCGCGCCUCGCCGCGCACCGCCCCGAAGGGGCGGGGCGCGGGCCGCAGAAGGCGGGGCCACAGCGGAAGCCUCGCCGCUCCCCUCGCGGGAAAGCUCUGCGCGUGACUUGCUGCACCCAUCACAGCGAGAAGCGGGGGAGGUGGGCCAAACACGGCGGGCCCGAAGGACCGAACCAACGCGCCGUCCGGAGGGGCGGCAUGAGGGCAACCCAGAUUGGACCAUCGGCGCCGCGGCUGCAGGGGGAACCGGACAUUACCAACCCGUCUGGAGAGGAGGGGGGCGCCGGCCUGUCCCAGCUGCAACGCGACCCCAGAGGGGCGCGAGACGCCGCCGGCCGCGCCGCCGCCUCCACCAACGCCGCGGGCACCGUAGGAUCACGCUGA